AUGCCAAUCAACCAGCGUGAUAUCAAUAUUGAUGACAUGACAGGCAAAAAAUCUGUUGAUAUUCUAAGAAGAGUCUUUCAUUAUGACGUCUUUCGAGGAAAACAAGAGGAGGCAAUUGAUAGCAUUUGUCAAUGGCAAAAUACAUUGCUUAUUAUGCCAACUGGUGGUGGAAAAUCACUAUGUUAUGCAGUUCCAGUCUUGAUGGAACAGAAGCUUGUUGUUGUUGUUGUUUUUCCACUGCUAGCUCUACUGUUUGACCAAUUUGAAAGGAUGAAAUCAAAAGGACUUAAUGUUGGUUUCCUAAUGAAAGACAUGGAUGAAAUGGACAGACAGAGUGUCAUACACAAGCUCCAUUCCAACCUACCAGAAUAUAACUUGCUUUUCCUUACCCCUGAGACUGUGUUAUCGCCAUCAGUAUUUGACUUGUUAUCGAAACUUUCAUCCGAGAAUCUGAUAAAUUUCUUUGUCAUCGACGAAGCUCAUUGUAUCGACACUUGGGGUUCUCAUUUUAGACCUUGUUAUGCUGAGCUAUGA